GAAUUCAAGUUGGAAUGUUUCACGGUUCGGGAAGACGUGAAAAGUUUGUAGAAAAACUCUGUUUUCUUUCCUGGUCGAGCUUGUUUUGUAUGGAUCAUGGUAUGUGAGGAACCGAUAAGGGUAAGUCAUCCUUCGAUUUGGCGCAUAGCAGUAUUCAUGGGUUGACUGGUUUGUGUUGCACGCAACAGUGUUUGGGCGCGUAAACUUUUAAUGGGCUAAGCUUAAUUUGAAACUAUCCCAGUAGGAAAGCGAAAAUUGGCAGCCUUUUAGUAGUUUGUCAAAUUAUAUUUUCGCUUUAGCAAUACUAAGUACACGUGUUGUUUUAUAUUGUUUCGCAUACUUUGGUAAUUGGCAUGGACAGUCCGAGGCAGCUUGUCGUUUAUUUAAGCUUUAAGUACUGCAAUUUGGUUACUUUUAGUUAAGCUUAAGCUUAAUUAUUUGAAAAAAACAAAAACAAAUCAAGACAUCCAAUCUCGAAGCAAUUUGUGCGACUUGUUAGUAACUGAAUCAGCGUUAUUUAUGAUAUGUAAAAACAAUUCUUACCACUUAUCACGAAAUGUUUAACUGACCUAGGCUUCGAGCUAGUCAUUCCUCUUUUCUUCUGUUACAGCCCUGUUUAUUAUGCACGAAAAUCUGUUUAACGAAGUUAUUAGAAUUACUGCCUCACAACUAGCCUACUACCUUACCCUUUGUUACAGGGAACACAGUGGUAAAAUACCAUCAGUGAUGCAUGUUUUUUUAAAAAAAGAAAAACACAGCCAGUUAUAUUUUCUAGCUGGCCAUUCAUUAUCAAUAAUUGCAUUGAAGAUGGUUUUCACUGGCAACAGAAGUAGAGUGGCGUAAUGUACUGUAGCUGGACACAAAAGGGUGACAGUGAAAAUCAAAAGUCAAAGUUGCAGGAUCAAAAUUAUAGUAUUUCCAUUUUCUUCUGAUUCCCAGGGUUGUCACUAAAAGCCAGGUGCCGGGGAUUUUCCUCGGCUACAGCACUUUCUUGCUGUACACUUCGCCUCCUACUAAUCACAUAUACCUGGCAACUUGAAAUGUAAGUGACAGCCCUGGAUUCCACCUAUGACCACAUCCCUUGGUUAUGGAUAAGCCAUUUAUUAUCUUGUUACAAUUCUGCAAAGCCAAAUCCUGGUAAGAACACUGAGUUAUGGGGUGAUAUAAAAUAUGAAUGUUAUACUGAAUCUCUUUUUAAUCAAUCUUAGGCAACCAUAUGGCAUGCCCUUAGCCAUUACGCCUAUGAUGAUGCCAUUUUCCUUGCUGAACGACUUUUUGCAGAGGGUAGGUAAAAUAAUUCUAAACCUCUCUUUCCUGUGGGCAAAAUCCUUUAGUAUUAAAGUUGGGUUAGCAGUCAUCAUAUACCAAUCCCAAUUUGAUAAAGUUAGAUGUUAACUGAUGAGUUGCAGUGAUAUUUAUUUCAAAUGGCACACUGAUAGAGAUGUUAUUCAGUCAAUGAGAAAGGCAACUCGGGUAAAAACAAAUCCAGGUACUCCCUUUAGGUGUUGAACCUAUAACCUUCUGGGCUCAGUUGUUCAAAGGCCGAUUAGCGCUUAACCAGGGUUAAAUUUAACCCAGGUUUCUUUUUCUUUAGUUCAAAAGCAUUUUCCCGGAUAAUUUUCUCUGUUAUGUUUAAGAGCAUCGAAUCAUCAACUUGUUGACAAGAAGGAUUAAACUGAAUUUACUUUUUAAGCUGUCAUGCCUGAAUUCAAAUUUCGCACUAACCCGGGGUUAUCUUAACCCAGCUUUGAACAAACCUGCCCUGGUUACUAGUCUAGUCCAGAUGCUCUACCACUGAACUACAGGAGACUCAUGUGAGCCAAGGUUGCCAAACUAGGUUCAUUUGAGAAACAUCCUACAUAAAGCUGCUACUUCAUCAGUUAUACAGUAUGUGAGUCAACUACAUUUCUGUCAUCGUUGAUCCACUUUGCCUAGAAUGAUUGCCAAGUUAGUAGCCUGCUUUGCAAAAGGUUCAAGUGUCAAUGAGUUAACCUUUGUAGGUUAUUGAAUAAUAAAUUAUUUUUUCCUUUUAAUUUUUUAGUUGGAUCUGAUGAUACUUUGUACCUACUAGCCACUUGUUUUUAUCAAGCUGGGUACUGCAAAAGAGCCUAUUCUCUUCUCCAAAGCAAAGGAUGUCCUACACCACUCUGCCGCUUUCUCUUUGCGAAAUGCUGCAUGGAUUUAAAUAAGUAAGUGAACUUAUUUUUCAGGGGUACAAAAGGAACUUAGUAUUUUAAUGAAGUGGAAUUCAACUUUUUUGGUUCACUUUUGUGCUGACUUUCUCUAAUUUUACAGACUUGCAGAAGCUGAGAUGGCUCUUACUGGUGGCUGUCUUUUAAACAGUAAACCUCUGGAAGCCAUUGCUUCAGAGUUGGGUUCCGCUGCGGGUUAUGGACUUGCUCUCUUGGGACAAAUCUGCAGGUUUGUUUAAAGUUCAGUGUGAUGUGUGGACACAACUUUAAACUGAGUUUUAUGUAGACAUUUGGAUCUGUUCUGCCUUGGGUGCUGAUUAAAACUUGUACUUGACCCUUUAAGCCCUAAGAGUGAUCAGCAUCAAAUUUCUCCUUGUAAUAUCAAUGCUUUGUAAAACAGAGUGGUUGUGAGAAUUACAGACAUGAUAACACAAGAUGAAUUUGCUUGAUAUUUUAUCGACUUCUCCCCACUACUUCUGUAGGAAAGGAAUAUGAGCAACAAAUGAGAAUUUCAAUUUUGCCCUUAGGGUUAAAAGGGCUAAAUAAAAUCCUUGAUUUUUUACUGUAUCGGACCUUGGGGUUCAGGGUGGGAGUCAGAAUCUUAAGUAGAAUAAUCAGCAAGUCAAACAUGGUACAGUUGAUAUCACACUAUUGAAGGUGAGAUCAUGGCAAUCCUAUUUAGGACCUUUUGUGGCAGGAUCUCAAUUGGGAUUCUCAGUUGGAGUUGCCAGGAUCCUGCCUGAAUAAUGUCAUCCUGCUUCAUAAAUCCCAGGGGAUUUGGGGCAGGUAGUAGUCCAAGGACUCUUUAGAGUUUGGGGAUAGACUUACAAAGUGCCCUCAAAUUGAAAUACAUUUAUUAAAGUAUUGUUUCAUAACAGUUGACUAUUUCUGUGUAACAGUACUUGGGAUGUAAUAAGAAUUACUUUAGAAGGCUUAUAUUCCAAUUUUCUCCACUCGUUAGGAAAGGAGAUCAGUUCAUCAGAGCAGCAGAAUGUUUCAAAAGCAGUUUAAAGUACAACCCAUAUUUGUGGAGUUCAUUUCAGAGUCUCUGUGAAAUAGGUAUGUACUGUACUGUGCACUAAUUAACUUAAACUAUGUAAUCUUUUUACUUAUCCCCGGGAAGUUCCUUGCCAAACGUUAAAUCUUUUUUACAGUAAAUGAACUCAUGCACAUUUUGAUCAAGGGAUGCCGUCAAUAAGAGUUUAGUAAAUGGAAAUGGUACAAUGUAGGCAUGGUAUUCUUCUUUGUAUUGUGCAUGCAUACAAUUUCCUAAAAACCUUGAUAGAAUUUAGCUUUUAAAUAUAUCUUUGUUGUUGACAAUGAUAUUUGACUACACUCUAAUAGUGUUAUUAAGGAAGAAACUUGUGACAUAAAACUGUUCAAAACUUUGCUUUGAGAUCACACAUAUUUCACCUGGGAGUUGAGCAUCUUGGCAUCAUUAGAGCAUAGAUCAUGGGAAAUUGUUGUUUAUGUCAAUGUGGUACCAUGCGUUUGUGUUUUACAGGACAGAGGCCCGAUCCUGCAGACUACUUUAAAUCAUCAUCUUGUCCAAAAAUCACAUCUUCUAUAACACACAGAGAGAACAUGACGGUUGGGUCAACGACUGUUCCUAUGGAUACAUCAACCCCAUCAGAUAACCAGCGGCACAAUAUCAACUCAGUUGCAUCUGAGAAUUUAGACCCAUCCCAGCAUGUGACACCAGAAAACAUGAAUGUGCUAAUAGCGCCUACCUUUGCUUCAAAUAGAUCAGGUUCAAUUGAAUUGUCUGGAGGCAACUUUGCCAUGCAACCUUCGUCUUUAAUCACAGGAGAGAAAAGGAUACGGCAGAGAGUUGGACGAAAUCUGUUAGGAGCAUCACAGCCAUCUAGUCCACUUACGCCAAGGUAGGAUUUACUGAGAACUGAAAACACUGAGAAGGUUGCUUCCCUGUUGUUCAAAACCUGCCCUUGCUAAUCUACUUAGUAUGAUUAUGAGGCCCUGUUAGGUUAAAAUUCUGACAGGCAACAUGGCCUUGAAGCAGCGACACGACACAGACAAGAUGGAAUGGAGACAAGCUACAGGGAGAUGGCUAAUACCAAGAGGGGACGGGACAUGGCCUAGUCCUCAAUAUGCGAAACUUGUUUAUAACUGUUUUUUAAAAUGUAGAUAAGGAACGUACGUACGUAACCCCUCCCCACCCCCCAAGGUGUCUUGAUCAUGUGAUUAUAAAGGAGAUAAAUGAAGGGUUUAGUUUCUAAAGACACUUUGGUGUUGUAUAAGUGGGGAAGUUUAGUGCAGAGAUGAAAGGCUGAUGAUCAAAGAGACAACUUAUCAAUUCCCCUAGGAUGGCAAAUCUGUCUUAUAAACUAUAAACUCAUUUGAUAAAACCAAAUCUUUGUUUUUUGAUUAUCAGUUUUGGAAUGCUGGCCUCAGAUUCACCAUCUACUGAGCAGAAGACAUAUAUUACCCCUUCUCCUGUCACUGCUGAUGGCCUUGCACCAAAAGCACCUGUAAAAAAGGUUUGUACAUGAGAUUUAUUCCUUCCUUUGUCUUCAACUGAAGGAAAUUUCAGUUUGAUGUGAAAUGCUGCUGGUUUAUGACGAUAUUUUGCCUGUUUUCUUAUCUAGGUUGGUACUCGAAGGAGUGAUUCAGCAUGUAAGCUUGUGACAUCCAAUACAUCAAGUGUCCAUAGUAUUCACACCCAGUCAUCUCAAGGUCCUGGCCAUCAGACGUACUCAUCAAAUGCACCGGGUGUACGACGCAGUACCCGACUAUUUGCACUGUCAACAAAUAGUGGCUCUGGUGGAAAUUUUGAUUCAAACUAUAAGGUACCAUAUUCUUUUAUUGAGUGGAACAAUCAGUGACAGGGUUCUAGGGUAGUUUAUUGUUGUUGAACAGCUAAUAUUCAUGAAGCAAACACCAGAAUAGACUGCUAGCAGUCUGUCUUUUCUGUUAAAUCCAUCAAGUUCUCACUGAAAGUGAGUUCAUAACGACAAAAAAUGCUUUUAUUCUGCAUCCCCCCCAUGCUCACUCCCCCAUUUCUUGCAGCUCGCAGCUUUGCCGCUUGGGCAUGCUACCCAAGUAACUUUGAAUAAAAUAUGAAAAAAACUAAGAGACUGCUUGUAGUCUAACAACAGCAUUUAUUUACUAGCAAACACUUUUACAAAUUAGGCAUCAUUCACAAAACUGAUUAAUAAUUUAUGAAGGAAAUAAGAAAGGAACUAAUUUGUAACUAAUUUAUUCUCCAAUUUAGGAAAGAAGAGCAAAAAGUGCUAAAGUAACAGGCUCUCCUAGGACUGUUGUCAGCAAUGUUAUGAAAAAGGUAUGCUGGAUCACCUGGCUCUUUAGCAAAUUAAAUAUCGCGAGUCUAUGAGUGCACCAGCCUAGAAAAAAACUACAUUUUUGUAUGCAUUUUUAUAACUAAGAUAAUGUUGUUUAUAAUCCACUGCCAAGGCUGUACUAUCUUCAGAUUGUCACUGGAACCCAGAAUUAAAUGCAGGCUGUUAAUUAGGCAUCAGAGAUCUGAGAUUUCUCCAUCUAAUGUUCAGUAGCCUAUGACUUUUUUUUAUUCAGACGUGGAGCCUCUUUCAAAAUGUUUUCCUGUAACAUUACACCUUUCUCCUGCUACUAGAAUUCUUUUUGAAUACCUUUUGUGAGUACCACCAACAUAUCUGAACUGUUAAUUUCUGCUUACACCAUUUAUGCAACUGUGCAUUGAUGAAAAUGAUAUUUGAUUUGACUUGAAUGCAAUUUUCUCAUAUGUCUGUCUGUUUCCAAUUUAUUGAAAUUUAUUGUUUGUUUCUAGACUAAUCGUCAGACAAGAAGCUCCACUCCACAGCCUUUAACACCAUGUGUUGAAAAUGUGAUUCAAGGAGAGUCCUCUGCACAACAGAACUCUGAGGGGAAGGGACAAGGGAAAUUGUCACCCAUUCAGAGUAGUAUGGGUAAGGAAAAAAAAACCAUUGUUAAAUUGGAAAAACAAAAAACAACUACCAGAUUUAAUUAAAUAAGCAGUAUGAUUUUCAUUCCAGUUCAGAGCACUGUAAGGGAACACCGACAACUAAAAAUCCUUGCUAAUUCAAACUUAUUUCCGUUAUUUCUAGUAAAAAAGGAAAUUGCUUUUGAGGUUGCUUCUUUCAGAGGGUCGUUUAAGGGGGUCACUAAUUUUGGGUUUUGCUAACACCUGUGAAAUUUUAUUGCUACUUUCGAAGGGUUGCUACUUUCAGUGGGGCCAUAUUUUUUGGAACUUUGUGGUAAAUCUGUCAGUAAGUUUGAACUCAUUAGCUCAAACCCCCACUAAGGUAAAUUACUUUUCGUCUCCCAUGAGAGUUUGAUUGCUUUAUUUUGUUUGACUUUAUUCACAGAUGGUUUGAUGUCAUUGCUGAAACAAAUAGGCCAAGGAUAUGUUUACCUUAGUUCUUAUGAGUGCAAGCAAGCAUUGUCUGCAUUUUCAUCAUUGGCAACACACCAUUACAACACAGGAUGGGUGUUAACCCAAGUGGGCCGUGCCCACUUUGAACUGGCAGAAUAUCGCCAGGUAUGAACGUAACAUCAUGUUGAUUACUUGCCAGUGAGUCCUUUUAUUAAGAGAAAGUUCCCCAAAAAUUAGAUCCUUACUAAAUGAAUGAGUUUGUAUCUGUUUUAUUUAAGAGUUCAGGGAAUGGUUGUAAUGUAAUUUUCGGGAUUAUUAGAGUUCUUUUCCUUAAUGUGGGAACUUAUACAUCAUCAGUAGUCUUGGUGUACUUUAAGGAAUAAUAUUGGCUUAUAUGAAUAUGUUAUCUGCUUUGUAGGCUGAGAAGAUUUUUGCUAAAGUCAGACAACUAGAACCCUACAGACUUGAAGGUAAAAUGAGUAAUAUACAGAUGCCCCAGUCAACACCACUCUUCAAUCUGUUAGUGUAAAAUCAAUAAAUAAAAAGUAUUUCAAGUUUUUAAAUGACAAUAAAGAUAUUAAGAUUUUUGUUUUAAAAAAUGUGCAUAUUUAUUUCUUACAUGACAAUGUGUGGUUUUGGUUCUGACUUGGAGCCUUCCAUAGUUUGUUUGAGUUGUUACAAGCCCUAGAUACAGUAAUUUAGUAUUAUUACUUCAUUCUGCUGUUUUUCUUUGUUUGUAGGUAUGGAAAUCUACUCAACCACUCUUUGGCAUCUGCAGAGUGAGGUUACUCUUUCAGCUCUGGCUCAGGACUUAGUAGAAGCUGACCGUACAUCGCCACAGGUGAGAAUAUCAACAUCAAUGACUACAGAAGACAAGCAUCAAGUGACAACCUUUGAAUGAUUUAAAACCCUUACAUUCCCAGUUCUCUAGUUGUAGUUCUGUCUUUUGAGCCUGUGUGGAAAAUUUCCUGGUGUGAACAUAAUAAGGAAACUUCUUUAGCAGCACUUUUAGGUUACUGCUCAUUUCUCAGAUAGAAAAAAAAAAAUUGGACUUCUGUCUUUUCAUGAGUUUUGAUUAAUGGGGAACGUUUUUGCCAAUGAUCCUUUUAGGCGUGGUGUGCUACUGGAAACUGCUUCAGCUUGCAAAAGGAACAUGAUACAGCUAUCAGAUUUUUCCAGCGUGCAGUUCAAGUUGAUCAAGGGUUCACAUAUUCCUACACAUUGCUUGGACAUGAGUAUGUACUCACAGAGGAGCUGGAUCGAGCCAUGUCUUGUUUCCGUCAGGCAGUUAGGACUGAUCCUCGUCAUUACAAUGCAUGGUAAGUUUUCAUAGCUUAUUUUCACAAGUUUUAAAAUUAAUAAAUUUUAGCAGAUGUACAUUGGACCUUUUUGUUACUGGUUUCUCUUAAUUCUGUUUUCACCCACUAAAACUCUCAACAUAAAUUUUGUUUGCAGGUAUGGUAUUGGUAUGAUAUACUACAAACAAGAGAAAUUUAACUUGGCUGAAAUCCAUUACAGGAAAGCUUUGUCAAUAAACCCAUCCAGUUCUGUUUUGUAUUGUCACGUUGGUGUGGUAAGUUAAUUGAAAAAGAGAACAAUCUCAAGUGGCACAAGGUAUAUGUUUUCCCUUGACCAAGAAGUAUCUAGAACUUGGGAGCCAUGCCAAUGCUCAUCCUCAAAGACCCAGGGGCAGAAAGUGGAGUGAGGCCAAGAUGUCUAAAUGGGCAUCCUUUUCAACUUUUUAAUUCAAUGACUGCAAAACUCACCAAAUGCAUUAUUAAUUUAUUAUGUUUAGUGCUCACCCUUAUGAAAUUUGUUUGAUGUCUUUUUGAUAACUCUACAGGAGUAUGUUGUGUACAGGUAAAGAAGAAAUAACUUCAGCACAGAAUUGACCUAAAGCAGCAAUUUCCUUGUGAUAAAGUGCUUUACAAAUACCGUAAAAUUCCGAAAAUAAGCUCUAGGGCUUAUAUUUUUCAAAGGUCCCUUUUGAGGGGCUUAUUUUGGGAGGAGCCUAUAUUCAGAGGGGCUUAUGGAUAGAGGGAAAUUUGCAUUAUAAAAUUGGUUGGGCGAGCUUGUAGUGGAAAGGAAAUUUACCUUUUUUUUCUUUGUUUUACUUUGUAUUCGGGGGGCGAUUUUACGGAAAGUUUUUUGCGUUACAAUUUUGGGGGGCUUAUUAUUUUUGGAAUUUUAUGAUAUCUGUGAUCUUUGAUGUAUAAUCACUAACAAACUUCUUUUACCUGUGAUAAAACCUUAGGUUCAACAUGCUAUGAAGAAAUCUGAAGCAGCUCUGGUCACAAUCAAUAAAGCCAUGAAAAUUGAUCCUAGAAAUCCCCUCUGCAAGUUUCAUCGUGCCUCAAUCUUAUUUUCAAUGGAAAAACAUCAGGUACUUGGAUAAGUAGUUUUUUUUUUUUUUUCGUUAGUUCUGCAGGGUUCUUUAUUUGUUGUGCACAGUAAUGUCAGCUGAAUUAAAAUGAUUAAAAAUUGUGCUAUAGUUGAAGCAGUCUUGCAUAUGUGUGAUGCACAAUGCAAAACUUAGCCUCCAAGCAAGCCCUCCAUGCAGAGUCUUUGUUAUUUUGGAUUUUUGGAUUUUUUUUAUUACUACUAUUAUUCUAAAAAAGUUACCAUAAUACAACAAAGGUACAUACUAUAGUAAAACAAGUUAGCCAUGUAACUAAAAAAAAAACGCUAAUGAAAGCAUACAAUUAAUAAUAAAAAAAGUACAUAAUUCUAUGUCAUUAACCCGAGAAGUCACAAGGCAUGUCAGAAAUGCACGAGGAGGUCCCCUAAUUUCUGUAUUUGGAGUGGUUUGCAGUUUGGGGGAGUCACAUGACGUCACAUGAGAGCUGCUCGCAAAGCAUUCUCUUGCUCGCAGGCUGUGCAAAACUGUCUUGAGCUAACUGCCAACAAAAACAGACAUCACCUAAGAGGGGAGGAUUACUAUUAGGAUACAAUUUUGUGUGUGAACCUUUUUCAGUGAGUGGUUAUAGUAUGUUUGAUUCUGUUUUUCUGUUUUGUGGAUCAGGAGGCUCUGGAUGAACUUGAAGAACUUAAAAAAAUUGUACCACAAGAAGCGUUAGUCUACUUUUUAUUAAGCAAGGUGUGUGUCCCUUGUAGCAUUGAUUGGUACGGUAACCUUCUAAAUGGAUAGCGGAACUUUUUACUGAUAUUUUUUAUCUUUGUAAAAUUUUUAUACUCACAAAACUUGUACUAUGGAAAUUUGUAUUUUAGUCACUAGAAUAUUUUGUAAUAUAAGAAAGAUUGUUUUUUGGAAGGGGGAUGAGAGCAUCCAAACAUUGUACAUUUUGUCACCCUGUAUGUGUUAGAAAUCCUAAGGUAAUGCUCUGUGCUAAAUUUUUUCAGGUUUACAAGAAACUGGGGCAGAAUCAUCUGGCACAGAUGAAUUUCUCCUGGGCAAUAGAUCUUGAUCCAAAAGGAGCUAACAAUCAAAUCAAGGAAGCUAUUAAUAAGCGAUAUCUCCCAGACGAUGAGGAUACAACCAUGGGACUUGAUCCAGCAGAUACCACAUUAGAGCAAUCUUUGGGAAUGUCUGAUGAAGAUCACAUGGGAGUGGAGAGUGACUGAGAAAGAACUGGGACCAACUAGUCCCAAUGCUUCUCAUAACCAAGUGGCCGCGCUGGUCAAGCAGCAAAAGUCGCCCAUUUUCUCAACUACAAUCAUGCUUACUAGUUCUGUAAUGUGGUUUAAUUAUUUGGGUCCAUGACUAUCAUCUCGUUGUUUCAAACGCUCUCUGUGGAUCUACUACUUGGGUCUGAAUACCAUUCCAAUGUGUAACUCUUAAAAUGACAGUUACUUUGCAGUAAUAUUCUGUGACAUUGUUUCUUAUUCUUUACAAUGAUCCUAAAUUUUUUAAUCCAUGUGUGACGAUUUAAAUGGAAGAUAAUGAGGGUUGUUUCCUUUGGACCUGUCCUUUGAGGUUCUCGAGUUGGCUGUAUUUUUUUAUUAUUCGUUGAUAAAAAUAAGUGACCAUUCGAAUGAAGUCUGUUUUUAACUUCUGAUUCUGAGUCUUUUGUGUAUCUCAGUUCAGAUGAAAACCGCUGAGCAGUAGUAGUGCUGUUUGUGCUGUCUGCUCUCUUGUUAACGUAAAAUCCACGUUUUAUAAUUCACUUCUAAUUGAGGAAAGGACAAUGCAGUUAUCUCCCUGUUAUAAAGGCUUAGAUAAACGAAUCGACCAGUGUGAUAUAAGUGACCACAGGUUCCUCAUGCAUUUCAAUUUCCUUAAGUAUCAAGAGAAAUCUAUAAACCUACAAGGUUUAUCAAUAUAACGUUACUCUUUGAUACUUCCAAAGAUGAUACACGGUUAUGGCAAGGCCUCGAUCAGUUUCGAACUUCUUAUUGCCUAUAUAUCCCUGUAUUACCUCACGCAAAUCCUGAUUGCUUGGGAGGUGAAAGAAAAAGGUUUAGAAUUUAUAUUUCUUUUUGCACAUUUGACACAAAAUUAGUAGGAUGCAAGAAAUAAAAGAGAAAAGAUUAUUAUUUUUUUCACAUUCUUCAAUAUAUUUACUUUACUUUGAUAUGGUGGUUUUACUAAACACAUCAGUGUCUUGUAUCUAGGUUAUGUAAAUUGUAAAUUAAUUUGUAUUAUGUGAUAGGAGCAUGCAAAGCUCUAAACAUUCUCACUUUUGAUUUAUCUACGCGACUUCAGGCGCAUAGUCUGCGUGGCAGGCGCGAAGAGGGGUAGCUAGACGCGCGCGGCGCUCAGGGAGAGGUUCUUUGUUUAGUAUGUUAACCUUUAACUUGUAGAGGGACUUCUGGUGGGGUUUUCACAGUGCAGUGGGCAGACAAAAAAUGACUUUUUUCUUUUCUUUCCUCGAAGUGUAAAUUAAGAUUUUUCGUAAAGAAUUAAUGUAAUGAAUGAACGCUUAUGAGAUCAAGCUGUGUCAGACUGCACUGAGCUGUAAAAAAAAUGCUAAAUCGGUACAUGGAGUGUUUGUAAUAACAAUAGAUAAGAGAGAAUGACUUGCAUGUUGCAGAAAACGAAAUGAAUUUAAUGUUGUAAAAUAUCUUGGGGAUACGAAUCUUUAGUCUUUCACAUAACCGUUGUCUCCCCUUGACUAUGGCUGUCCUUGGAAAAGGACAAAUCUUAAAACAAAGGAUCUGCAAGAUUUUAUUGUUUGUAAUUGCUGUACUAAUUUUGCAAUGAAUUAAAAUAUUUACAC